AUGUCCUCCUACCACUCCGCCAAGAACAGCAACUCUCCUGCCUCCUAUGUCUCCAGCCCGGCCUGGAGCCUCAAUAGCCUCACCGGCACGACGGGCUCCCAGGCGCCGACCACGCCGGUGAUGAGCUCGAUUGGGCUCCCGCCUACCCCGCCCAGCGCGUACGCCGACUCGCUCCACGGCUCUUACAAUUACUCUUCGGCACCAUGCACGCCUCCCUCCGCCCCGCGCAUGCGCUCGGUGCCCUUGCCCCCGGUGGCGUCUGGCAAUUAUGGCCUGCCUACCCCUCCUACGAGUCCUCAGAGGCCCGGCGUACCAUUGGCCCAUCCUUUACUUGUUGCUAGCUCCCAGCCUCCCAUCUACUUCGAUCUCAAGCGCCCUCCUACCGAGCUGCGUCUCGCUCCACAGACACUCAACGAACCUGCUUCCCAUCCCCCUUCUUCCUACAUCACACUUGUCAUUCCUGGCUUGAUCUGGACCAUCGAAAUACCCAGCGCUCGUACUGUGACUGUCAACGACAUCCUUCGCGCUCUAUACGAGAAGCUCCAACGACCAGCCGACAGGAGAGAAUACGACGCGCACUCCCAGCCCGUGCAGCAGAUCGCGUCGAGCACGUUCGCUGCGCGGAGGAGGACGUCCGGCGAUGGGCUCAAGAGGAUUGAUUUCCUUGGCCCGAAGACGAGAUUUGCGGGAAUGUCGAGGAUUCAAGAUGGAUCCGAUCGAUGGGUCGUGCAUUUCGUUUGAUGUGCUUCAAGCAGACGACGCAUCAAGCUUCAAGUCUCAAGAUUCAAUAUCACUUUCAAGCUCGACAAUCAACCUUCAACCUUCAGAGCUCCAACGUCUGCUCAAGAUUUCAAGCCUCAACGUUCAAAGUCGGGUGCCUGGUUCGAAUCGAAGACUUCGUGAAUCCCCUUUACAAGUGUAUUUAUAUGGACCUCAAGAUACUCAAGGCUCAAGUACCCAAGACUCUCAACGCUCUCAACCCUCAAGUAUCAUGGACUCACUCUCCGAUAAUCGACCCGUUCG